GGAGGGGUCUCUGAGCGCGGCCCCUCCCCCCUGCGCCCCCGCCUGCGCUGCGGUGUCCCCGCACCGCGUGUCUCCGUCUGUCGGUCUGCGCCCAGGCCUCGCCCCACCCGGCCCUGGGGCUGCCGGGCCGCCCCUCUACCCACCGGAGCCCACCCCCUCCCUCCCGACCAGCCCCGGCCGCAGCCCAGGAAGAAGCCCCGACGCCGCCGCCCGAGACUCAAGGCCCUAACCUGGACCUCGGGGGCCUGCGCUCCAAGAUUGAAUCAAGAGCAGAAACCCAAGAAGGGACCCUGCUUUGGGGCCAGCACCCUGAGAUCCAGCCGUGGGACCCAAGACCUGGAGCUUGAACCCCAGUAUCUGGGGCUGGAAUCCCAACAUUGGAUAUUGGGACCCCAGGAUUUGGAGUCUGAACCCAUAAUUUGGAACAUAGACACCAAGAUUUGAAGUGGAACCCCAAGAUUUGGCAUCUAAGACCCCAAAUCUGGAGCUGAACUCUGAAUUUUGUGCCUGGGACCUUGAAAUCCGGGACUGGAUUCCCAAAUCAAUACCCCGAAACCCACCAUUUGGAACCUGAACGCUGGGAUUUAGUCCUUAAUUUCCAAGCUCUGAAUCAUGGGAUUCUAAGGGACCUGAACCUGAGUUUGCACCUGAAGUCCUUGCUGCACCCCUGAAUGCUGAAAUCAGGACUAGAUACCUCCAAAGCUUAACUCAGUACCCCAGUAUCUGAAUGCAGGUACCCUAGUAUCAGAUCCCAGGACUGGUCUUGAAACUCAGACCCUAAACUCCCCCAUUUGGCUGUUUAGCAGUCCAAAGCUGUUUAGAAUCUCAAGACUGGAGCUGGGAGACCCUGACCCUGAACAACCCAAACUGGGGCCUAGGUCUCUAAAACUAGACCUUAGAGCCCCAAUAUUUGGGGGAUCUGAGACCUCAAGUAUUAAGGUCUGGAGACUCUAUUACCACUUAUUUGAGUAGAGACAUUACAGUCCCUUACAAAAGUCUUGGGGACAGGGAAGGCAUGACCAGAUGCCUCAACCUCUGACCCCUGCCCCCCUUGGAGCCUGAGAACUCUCUGGGGUGGUUUCCAGCUCAGGCCGCCCUGCCCGCAAUGGCCAUCCUCCCGUUCCUCCUUUGCCUGCUGCCGCUGGCCCCCGCCUCGUCUCCACCCCAGCCAGCCACACCCAGUCCAUGUCCCCGCCGCUGCCGCUGCCAGACACAGUCACUGCCCCUAAGCGUGCUGUGCCCAGGGGCAGGCCUCCUGUUUGUGCCACCCUCACUGGACCGCCGGGCAGCCGAGCUGAGGCUGGCAGACAACUUCAUUGCAGCUGUGCGCCGCAGAGACCUGGCCAACAUGACGGGCCUGCUGCAUCUGAGCUUGUCUCGCAACACCAUCCGCCACGUGGCGACCGGUGCUUUUGCUGACCUGCGUGCCCUGCGUGCCCUGCAUCUAGAUGGCAACAGGCUGACCUCGCUGGGUGAGGGCCAGCUGCGUGGCCUGGUCAACUUGCGCCACCUCAUCCUGAGUAACAACCAACUGGCGGCCCUGGCAGCCGGUGCCCUGGACGACUGUGCUGAGACCCUUGAAGACCUCGACCUCUCCUACAACAACCUCGAGCAGCUGCCCUGGGAGGCUUUGGGCCGCCUGGGAAAUGUCAACACAUUGGGCCUUGACCACAACUUGCUGGCUUCUGUGCCUGCUGGCGCCUUUUCCCGCCUGCACAAGCUGGCGAGGCUGGACAUGACCUCUAACCGCCUGACCACCAUCCCGCCUGACCCCCUCUUCUCCCGCCUGCCCCUGCUGGCCAGGCCUCGUGGCUCUCCCGCCUCUGCCCUGGUGUUGGCCUUUGGUGGGAACCCUCUGCACUGCAAUUGCGAGCUGGUGUGGCUGCGGCGCCUGGCUCGGGAGGAUGACCUCGAGGCCUGUGCCUCCCCCCCUGCUCUGGGUGGCCGCUACUUCUGGGCCGUGGGUGAGGAGGAGUUUGUGUGUGAGCCACCUGUGGUGACUCACCGCUCGCCACCCCUGGCAGUGCCUGCAGGUAGACCAGCUGCCCUGCGCUGCCGGGCAGUGGGGGACCCAGAGCCUCGCGUGCGUUGGGUGUCACCUCAGGGCCGGCUGCUGGGCAACUCAAGCCGUGCUCGCGCCUUCCCUAAUGGGACACUGGAGCUGCUGGUCACUGAGCCAAGUGAUGGUGGCAUCUUCACCUGCAUUGCAGCCAAUGCAGCUGGUGAGGCCACAGCUGCUGUUGAGCUGACCGUGGGCCCCCCACCACCACCCCAGCUAGCCAACAGCACCAGCUGUGACCCCCCGCGGGACGGGGAUCCUGAUGCCCUCACCCCGCCUUCGGCUGCCUCUGCCUCUGCCAAAGCGGCUGACACCGGGCCCCCUACCGACCGUGGCGUCCAGGUGACUGAGCAUGGGGCCACAGCUGCUCUCAUCCAGUGGCCAGACCAGCGGCCUAUUCCAGGCAUCCGCAUGUACCAGAUCCAGUACAACAGCUCGGCGGAUGACAUCCUUGUCUACAGAAUGAUCCCCGCAGACAGCCGCUCGUUCCUGUUGACGGACCUGGCGUCGGGCCGUACCUACGAUCUGUGUGUGCUAGCUGUGUAUGAGGAUGGCGCCACGGGGCUGACGGCCACACGACCUGUGGGCUGUGCCCGCUUCUCUACCGAGCCAGCACUGCGGCCUUGCGGGGCCCCACAUGCACCUUUCCUGGGCGGCACCAUGAUCAUCGCGCUGGGCGGUGUCAUCGUGGCUUCGGUGCUCGUCUUCAUCUUCGUGCUGCUCAUGCGCUACAAGGUGCACGGGGGCCAGCCGCCUGGCAAGGCCAAGACACCUGCACCUGUCAGCAGCGUCUGCUCCCAGACCAACGGCGCCCUGGGCCCCCCGCCGGCCCCUGAGCCUGCUGCACCCAGGGCCCACACCGUGGUCCAGCUGGACUGUGAGCCCUGGGGGCCCAGCCACGAACCUGUGGGACCCUAGCCAGGUGGCCCCUUCUAGGGCUUCUCUGGCCCCAGGGACAGCAGGACCCGGACACCCCAAGGGACCUAGCCUCUCAGACUCACCAAAUUGCUCAUGGUUUUUAAAACUCUUAUGGGGAGGGUGUCGGGGACACCAGGGCAUAACAAGAAAGUCCUAUUUUUC